UCAAUUCUUUCAAAUUCUCCUGAGGGCGCUCGUGUUGUUAAAGCGCUCAUUGUAUGUCGUCAUUGGACCGUUUCUUUAAGCAUCGAAGCGAGAGAAAAACUUUUCCUCUCAGUGGGUCGGUCGGGAAAAGACUGCAGCCAGCAGUCAUUCGUUGUUAUCGUUACUUCAUAAUCUUAAGAGAACAGAUGCAAAACGCAAAUUUUGAAAAAUGAUUUCCGUGACCAAACGGGGUAACCUGUUUGAACACCAAACAUUUUGUUCCUGCAUAUCUUGUCUUGUUCUGUUCUCCUCUCUUCCGUGUCUGUGCUAAAUACAGAUGCAGAGUCAGCCAUGUUGGAUCAACCUGAAUGUCUUUUGUGGUGUGGCGGGUUGUCUUUUGAAACCGCGAAGCUGAGGAACAACAUUUCCUCAGUAUCCCAAGCUUUACGAAAGUUGGAUUAACACUGGAUUGCCAAUACGUGAGGAGCAACAGCACGGGACAGAUUGAAAAGUUAAAUUGAUCAAGAUGCUGUCUGGUGAUCAUACAGCUCAGGCAACACUAGAGAAAGAGCAGAUUCAGAAUCUUGAAGAUCAACUGCAGGAUCAGUUUGCAAUACGUCAAAUGCUGGAGAAGACGCUGAAUCAGAAGCGUUAUGUCUGUGAUGCUCAAUCAACAAAUCCAAUCCCAAAGCAAGCGGAGGAGCUGAUAAAGGAAAUCGCAGUGCUAGAGCUUGAAGUUGCCUACCUGGAGAAAUACGUUCUUUCUUUGAACCGCAAAACAUUUGUACAGCAAGUCUCCAAGGACAAGGAUUGUGCAUCAGCUGCCUUCAAGCAUGGAGAAAAUUUUACAUCCGAUCGUAGCUGUCCCAUUUUUCCCCGACAUCCAAUUGGAAGUCCACUGAAAGAACGUCAGAUUUUCAGGGCCCCACUUAGCCAGCCAGAUUCGGGUGUUCAUAGAAGCCAGUUCUGUCUAUCUCACCGGUCAUCAUCUCAUUCCAAGAGACUCUGCCCUCCAGUGAAACCUCUCGCUGAAUAUGAUGAGGCAUACCAUUCCCUUCCUCUGUCGAUGUUGGAGAGAGCCGAGCAUUCGAGAUCAAACACAAGUCUCGGGGAGUACCUUCUACAGAGUGUAUCUGAUCAUGACUGGGAAACUCCGAACUGGAUCUCUGAGGAGAUGAUCAAGUCCAUAACAGGAAUAUACUGUGAACUGGCCGAACCUCCCUUGCUGACAAAUCACUAUCUCCCUGAUCUGUUUUCCCCGUCAUUACCGGGUAGCGACCAUUUUGGUUUCUCUUCCUUCAACUCAAACUUCUACAACCCGUUCUGUAUUGAUCACUCAAGAGAACUUGGAGGACCUCAAACAGACAUGGUAGAGGUGAGAUGGAUUUCUCGGGACAGUGAAAGGCUAAAAAACAUCGAGUACAUGCUCCGGAAAUACAGGUCACUAGUGCACCGAUUGAGACAAGUCGAUCUGAGCAAGAUGAAGCAUGAGGAGAAGCUAGCCUUUUGGAUUAAUGUGCAAAAUUCACUGGGGAUGCAUGCAUUCUUAGUUCACGGGAUUUCAAAGAUUAAAUUGAAGAGGACAGCUUCAUUGUUAAAGGCUGCAUAUAAUGUCGGAGGGCAGGCUAUUAGCCUCCACCAGCUCCGGAACUUUAUCUUGCAGUGCAAAAUGCUUCUACCGGGGCAGUGGCUUCGGCUAUUUUUCCCAUCAAGACAGAACUCCAAAAUCAAAGAUGUGCCGAAAGCAUAUGCAAUUGAUCGUCCAGAGCAUCUUUUACCUUUUGCACUCUGCUCAGGAUGCUUCUCUGACCCUGCGGUUCGCGUCUACAGACCCGACAAGGUCUUCAAGGAGCUGAAAGCCGCUAGGGAAGAGUACCUGCAGUCAAAUAUCAGUUUUCACAAGGAAAAGGUCCUCAUUCCGAAGCUCGUGCAGAGUUAUGCCAAGCUCUCGGGUUUGAGCCCCAACAACCUGCUCACAAUUAUCCUCUGCCACAACUCCGUGCCCUAUUCUUCCUCUCAAGUUCGGCAGUCUCAUCAGAAGCGAAAAGCCACAAAAUCCAUCGAGUGGAUCCCUCACAACUUCGAUUUCCGCUAUCUUCUCUCAAACGAACUAGCAUAGCAGGAUAUCAUCUGCAACAGUCCUUUACGAUCAUCACUAGAAUAUAAACAAGAUAAAUCAGCAUGAUAUAUAGCUCGUAGUGACAGAUGAAUCACAACUGGAUGAAGACCCCGUGGAGAUUAAACUCUACCAAUCUCGUUUAUAGUAACAAGAACUGUUCUCGAUGACACGGGAUUUUGUGCAGCAGCUUGAGGAUUUCCGAGCUAAUGUGUAGUUCCUAACAUCUGUUCUCAUAUAACAGUUUGUGAUUCAGCCGUCAUUCCCGGCAGUAAAUGAGCAAUGCGCUUUUCAUCCUCUUCUCCCACCAUUUUCAUGUAUAAAACGACUUCAAAGUCCAACCGUAGGAAAAAAAAAAAAAAAAA